AUGGCUCGGAGCAACCCGGGGCUUCUCCUGGGGCUCCUGCUGCUGCGGCUCACCUGGUGCGUGGCCGUGGAUGGCGGAGGCGUGGAGGAAGGGGGCUUCGUGUUUCCGGUGGUGGUGAGCACCUGGCCGUUCCGGGAGGCGGUCAGGGCGGCGUGGGACGUGGUGAAAACCGGUGGCGCAGGGGGCUCGGCUGUGGAUGCUGUCGUCGCUGGCUGCUCCGCCUGCGAGGAGCUCCGCUGCGAUGGCACAGUUGGUCCAGGUGGAAGUCCAGAUGAGAACGGUGAAACUACCUUAGAUGCUCUUAUCAUGAAUGGGGUAAAAGCUGCUUUAACCACUCAAGCUACAGUAUAUGCUGAUGUUUAUAAGACAAUGGAAAUUGGAGCUGUGGCUGCCAUGAGAUAUGUGAAGGAUGCAAUUAUGGCAGCAAAGUUGGUCAUGGAGCAUACCGGGCAUACUCUUCUUGUUGGAGAGAAGGCGACAUCCUUUGCAAUUUCAAUGGGUCUUGCAGGACCAACUGACCUGAGUUCACCAGAGUCAAUUGAGAAAUGGUCAAAUUGGAGACAGAAUAAUUGCCAACCUAACUUUUGGAAAAAUGUUGCUCCUGCUGGCAACUGUGGUCCAUACCAUCCUAUAAAUAUACCUAAGGACCCUGUUAAAAGUGCUGUAUGGGAGGAUCAAGGAAUCACCUGUCAGGAAUGGCUCCAAAAUGAUAAUUUACUAGAACCGACAAGCUCCCAUUUCAACUCUGUUAAUCGCCACAACCAUGACACAAUCUCUAUGGCCGUCAUUGACAAGAUGGGUCAUGUAGCAGUUGGCACAUCAACUAAUGGUGCUACGUUCAAAAUUCCAGGAAGGGUAGGUGAUGGACCAAUACCAGGAUCUUCUGCAUAUGGUGAUGACGAAGUUGGGGCUUGUGGAGCUACUGGUGAUGGUGAUAUUAUGAUGCGCUUCCUUCCGUGUUACCAAGUAGUGGAGAGCAUGCGACUUGGAAUGGAGCCUCGAGAUGCUGCCGUGGAUGCUAUAUCAAGAAUUGCUCGUAAGUACCCAGAUUUUGUUGGUGCUGUAUUUGCGAUUAACAAGAAAGGAGUGCAUGCCGGGGCAUGCCAUGGAUGGACCUUUCAGUAUUCUGUCAGGAAUUCCAGCAUGCAGGAUGUGGAGGUCAUCACAGUAACACCUUAA